AUGCGCGAGGGCACGAGAGGCGCGGCCGCCGCGAGGGUCGCGCGGCUGUACGAUGCGCAGCGCGAGAAGGAGGCGCGGUGGCGGGAACGUGCCGCGAGCGGCGGCGCGUCCGGCGCGAGUCGUCCCGGGGCGCCGUCGCCGAGGUUGACGCGCGCGGCGGAGGUGCUUCGCGAGGCGAAAGCGAUGAUGCGAGAGCUGAGCCCGAGCGCGUCGUCGUCGUCGCCGUCGCCGUCGUCCGGCGGCGAGUCGUCGCGGGACGGUAUCGCGUCGAGGGACGAGCGCCGGUGGGCGUCGAUACGCGCCGGGCGGGCGAGCGAGGUGGAGGAGGUGGAGGAGGACUACGACGACGCGGUCGAGACGAAAACGAAGCCGCGGCGCGUCUCCGCGGCGACGUCCUCCUCCUCCGCCUCGCGCGCGCGCCCGCCCGUGGCCGCGAAAGAGCCGUCGGCGUACCGAACGACGCUCGCGUCGCGGCUGCGCGGCGAGGCCGCGUCGUCGCGUCCGUCGGUUCCCGCGGAAUCGCCGGUGCCUUCCGCCGCCGCGCUCGCGCGGUCGCGGCGAAUGCGACGAACGAUGGAGACCGAACGCGCCGCCGCGGACGCCGAGGUGGACGCGCUCAGGGAGCAGCUGAAGCGCGAGUCGGAGGCCGCGAAGGCCGCGGCCGCGAAGGCUGCGAUCGAGCGCGAGGAAGAGGAAGCGAACGCGCGCGUGCGAGCCGCGGAGGCGGCGAGGUUGGAGAGAUUGCGACAAGCCGAGGCGGCGACGGCGGCGGCGGAGGAGGCGGAGCGACGCGCGUCGCGCGCGGAGGAGAUCGCGAACGCGGAGCGGCUCGCCGCCGCCGCGGAGCGGACGCGACUCAAAGCGGUGGAGACCGCGAAGGCGGCGAAGGAGAGAGCCGCCGCGGCGGAGGCGCGCGCGGAGCGACGCGCGAGGGAUCGGCAGACGAGCGCGAUUUUCACGCGGUGGCGCCAGCUGUGCGUCGACUCGGAACGCGCCGCGGUCGCGCUCGAAGCCGCGCGGGAGUGGAAAGUCGCGAGGAAAGUCGCGCGCGCGUGGCGCGCGCAGGUGGCGAUCUCGCACGCGCGCAAGGCUGCCGCGGCGGUCGCGCGCGAGGGGGAGAUGCUGCGCAUCGCCGCGACGCACCGCGAAUCGCGCCUCGCGCUCGCGUCGAUGCGAGCGUUCGCCGCCGCCGCCGCGGACGCCGCCGCGGCGAGGGCGGCGAUCGCGGCCGCGGACGCCGCGGACGCCGCGGCCGCGGAGCGCCGCAAGGAGAAGAUGCGCGCGCUCCUCGCGAAGAUCGAAUCCGAGAACGAGCACGUCGCGAGGGAGACGGAGCUUCUCACCGCGGACGAGCUCCCGACGGAGCUGAGCGACGACGUGAGCGACGAGGAGAUCGUCGAGACCGCGACCGCGCUGUCGCUCGGCGCGGAAGCCGCGAGGGCGUCGCAGGACCCGGCGAGCGUGGAGGACAUCUUACGUCUCAUCGCGCUCGUGAAGGAGACGCACUCGGUCCCGGCGUCGCCGAGUAAGAGCGCGGAGGUCGCCGUCGCGGUCGUCGUCGAAGAGGACGAAACCGCGGCGGCGGCGGCGGCGGCGGCGGCGGCGGACGCGGAACUCGCCGCGGUCGUCGACGAAGACGAGGACGACGCGGAGGUCGAGAAGCAAGUGGCGACGGUGAUGGCGACGGAACUGAUGCUCGUGGAGGGGGAGACGACGAUGGCGGACGACGACGAGGACGACGAGGAGGAGGAGGGGGAGGAGAAGGCCGAGAAGGAAAACAUGCCGAGUCGGUCGGAGAACCCUUGGGCGCGGAGUCCACUCCCGCGUCCGGCGGCGAAGGCGAAGGCGAAGACCCCGGUCUCGCCGCCUCGAGAGCAGAAAUUGAACGACGCGGCCGCGGCCGCGGCCGCGGUCGCGGCUCGCGCGCGAGCGCGAGCGGCCGCGCGAGCGGAGCUGAGAGCGAAAGCCGCGGCGGCGAGGGAAGCGGCGGCGGCGCGAGCGGCGCACGCCGCCGCCGCCGAGGGCGAAACCGCGCGCGCGCUCGAGGCGGCGCACAAGGCUGCGGCGUUGGCGAAACGCCGCGCGGAGAAGGCUGUCGAAGCGCGGCGGCACCGCGCCGCGGAGCUCGUCGCGGAGCAGACCGCGCUCGCGGUCGCGCAUUACGAACGCGCGCUCGUCGCUCGCGUCGGGUUGCGCCCGUGGACGCGUCUCGCGCCGACGACGCGCGCGAUCGAAGCCGCGGCGGCGGCGCGCGGGAAAGUGGCGCCCGCGCGCGCGCCGUUCCGCGCGUGGUACCGCCGCGUCCGUGCUAAGCUUAACGGUCGCGCGCGCGCGGUCGUGUGCCUGCAGAGCGUUCAGGAAGAAACGCUCUACGAACGCGCGUUUCUUCGAUGGCGGCGACACGCGGCGGCGGUGAAAUUCGCGAGCGCGAACGCGCGAUCGCGCUUCUUCGCGCGGUGGACGCGCGCGAUCGACGCCGCGGACGCGGCGAUCGACGCGGCGUUCAACCACCGGAACGUGCACAUUUGCCGCCUCGCGUGGACGUACUGGCUCGCCAUGGCCGGUCCCGCGCUCGCGGCGUUAGAGGCGAGGGAGCUCGAACGCGCGAAGCUGCGGACGUUGCAGCUCUCGAGGGACGCGUUGCGAGCGUGGCGCGUCGCCGCGAAGGCGCAGAGGGAGACGCGGGAGAAGUCGAACGCGCGGGACGACCUGUUCGUGAAAGUCGGCGCGUGGCUCCAAGAGAUGCGCGAGAACAAGGCGCUGACGCCGAGCCCGGGGGGAAGCGCGAGCCCCGCGGGGAGGGAGGCGCGGCGGGCGAUGUUCAAGAAGAGCCCCGGGUCCGCGUCGCCGUCGCCGCCGCUCGGCGGCGGCGCCGCGCGCGUUCCCGAAUCGCCCUCUUUAUCGCUCGUGACGCCGCCGCGCGUGGCGAUCGGCGUCCCAGCGCCGACGCUUCGCGUUCCCGACGCGAACGCGGCGAAGGCGACGACGAACGACUGGCUCGAUCGCGCCGGCGGCGGCGUGAGCCCGCCGCCGGCGGUGAAGCCCGCGAACUGGCUCGACCUCGGCGACGUCACGCCGCCGAACAUACGCGACAUCCUCGGCCGACCGAAGCUCCAUCCGGACGACCAGCCGCCGCCGCCCGCGCCGCCGAAGGUCAUCGGCGCGGCGGCCGCGGCGAAACCGCCGCGGUCGCCGCUGAUGCAGCCGCUGAAGGCGGCGGCGGCGGCGGCGGGGCGCGGGACGCGCAAAUUCGCGAGAGCGCCGCUGGGGGACGUCGCGAACAGAGCCCGGGCGAGAGCCGAGCCCGCGGCCGUCGACGAGAGCGCGAUGAAGGGGGCACCGAGGGCGUCGGACUCGCCCGCGGUGCGCGCGGACGCGACGUUCUCGUUCAGGGAGGUGGGCGGGGUGGAGAAGACGCCGGGACCGGUCGUGGAGGACACCCCGGCGGCGGCGAGAGGCGCGGGCGGGCUGAGAGGCGGCUCGAGGGCGAGACUGGAGAGACUGGCGGCGAAACGCCGCGGGGCGACGGCGGCGUCGAGGAUCGCGGGCACGGCGCGAUAA